AGACAGAGAAAGAGUGAGAGUGAAGAAGUAGUGGGGGGGUUGGGUUAAAAGGGAGAGUUUGGGUAUUCGGAGCAACAAGUCGUAAUCUCUGUAGAAAGACAAAGAAAAAAUGGGGGAAGAGAGAGAGGACCCACAGAAGGUGAAGAGGAUAGCGGCGGCGCAUUACGACUACGAGAACGACUCACGAUGGGCGGACUACUGGGCCAACAUCCUCAUCCCUCCCAGUAUGUCCUCUCGCUCAGACGUUGUUGACCACUUCAAGCGCAAGUUUUACCAGAAAUACAUCGAUCCUGAUCUUGUCGUAGAGCCAAUGUCUUCUGGCAGUACUUCUCAGCCAGCAAGACGGCCAGCAUCAUCUUCGACUCAAACACCACUGACAAAUGAGCAACCACGUUCACAGAGCUCAGGCUCGGCUGCAAGAACUUCUGGUACAUCAGCACCUGCUGGUCCCAACCCAACUUCUCUUCGUUGGGAUCGACAAACCAUUCAAUUUUCUGUCAAUGCUUGGGUGUUUGUUGUGGCUGUGCUUGCUAUUUUUCCACUGGUACCUAGACAUCUUUCGCAUAGGGCAUAUCGUCUUUCCUUUAUGGGCACUGCAUGUUCUUCUCUGUACUCCUUGUACUCACUAUAUGGAAAACCCAGGGCUUGGAACUUACAGGCUUUGCAAGUCUACUUUCAGUCAAUACUUGCAACCAAAGAUUUUAUCUACUUCAUUUACUGUCUUUCCUUUGUCACUUCACAUCUUUGCCUUAAACUUGCUUUGAUUCCUGUUUUAUGUCGAGCUCUUGAUCAAGUUGCUAAGUUCCUUAGACGCAAUUUCAAUCGGUCCUCCUUGUACAGGAAGUACUUGGAGGAUCCUUGUGUUUGGGUAGAGUCGAAUACAACUACUCUCAGCAUACUCACAUCCCACACUGAGAUUGGACUUGGCUUCCUCCUGAUUAUCUCUUUGUUCUCGUGGCAGCGCAACAUUAUACAAACGUUCAUGUAUUGGCAGCUACUGAAGCUCAUGUAUCAUGCCCCUGUAACUGCUGGAUAUCACCACAACGUGUGGGGCAAGAUAGGGAGGGCUGUCAAUCCGCUCAUCAACCGCUAUGCUCCAUUCUUAAAUUCCCCUCUUUCUGCUGUUCAGAGAUGGUGGUUCAGGUAGAUGCUGCUGAUUGGAAGUGGAAGAAGAUAAAGAGAGAAGGAGAUAUGUGGGGAUACUUAACGAACUAUUUUCAUUUGAAAGAAGAACUGAUAUAGCAGAUAUAUGACCAAGUGGCCGUUUUGAUUCUACAUGGAUAAAGCCUUUUUAGCAAGGUUGUUUUUUUGAUGAUAAAUUUACAAACCCAAAUGAUCUACCACUACUACGAAUAUUCUUCCAAAAUGGAACCUUAAUUGCUGAUUUUGUUGUAUGAAAAUUGUUCGAUAUUCAAUCCACAACGGCUUGGGUGCA